AUCGUAUCUUACUAUACCGUAUGCAUGUAACAUAUACUCUUUUGAUCAAGUGCUGUGAAGAACUAAACGUUGAUCAACUGUGGUUGAACUGCAGAACCAGAUCAUUUUCGGAAUUUCCGGACCGCAUUGGCUUCAAACAAGAACAAAGGACAUCCUGUCACGGUUAGUCAAUAAUAUCUUUUGCCCUGAACGGCGACAACGGCGAGUCCUAUCUCAUGGAAAGUACCAGCCCAAACGCUGUCGCAGGCCCUUCAAAUCCACGCAGUUCCCCAUCUCACCCUACGUCUUCCGCUAACCCUUCUAACACGCCACACUCUCAUGCCGACCAACCUUCACAACUCUUUCUCCCGACACCAGGUCCCCAGCAAUUACCGGCGUAUAUACAAAGCACGCAGGAUCUACUGGGCAAGUUUCAUCUUCACGACGCUUACGACAAAUACGUGCGAUUUUUCAACGCAUCGUCUGAGGAUGCCCCGAUUCCAAAUGAUAGAAAUGAAGCAGUAUCAGCCUCCCCACCAACCGCAGGGCAAAAUGGGUUGAUGGGAGCCUCAGACAAAGGGAAAGGGAAAGAGGUAGCGCCUGCGCCAAUUGCCCAAACUCCAGCUGCAGAUGGUCAGGAUGGUGAUGAUGACGACGGACCAGGCGGCAAGGGGGAAAAGAAGAAAAAGAAUAGCUAUAAGCAUCUGAUCAAGGGUGUCCCUGGAAAACAUUCUUUGAAGAAAGACGACUACUUGACAAACCUUAUGCUAGCUCCCCCAAAACAGCGCGUACGAAUAUCAGAAUUUGACUCUCGUACCCAGAGGGAUGCAUUCACCGUCAGUUUAGAAGGACUGAAAGGUUGGAAUCCUAGUACACUGGUUCUCGAAUCGGCUCAAGCCCGGGAAGAUCGAAAGAAACGGAAAGAGCUUAAACGGCUUGCUAAGGCUCAGAUGCAAGCUCAAUCACAAGCCUCAACACACCAAUCUUCACCGGUUGCUUCAACUCCCAUCCCUGCUCCAGUACCUACAUCGGCUACAGCAUCUGCAUUCCCUAAUCUCGCUUCUACUCCCCGACCGUCCAAUUUAUCCUCAACUCCAAGACCUGCAGGCUCGGGUACACCUCGUCCUCAUCCUACGGCCGCUGCUCCUCCCACGAUCAGGCCUGGUAGUGCGAAACCUGGUUUACAACCAGUGCAAAUACCCGGACCCGGCAUCCGAGUGACUACUCCGCUUCGGACGGCGACUCCUACUGGUCCUCAUCCACUCAGUGCUCCACCAUUAAGUGCAAGUUUUGUAUCUCCACCAGGCUCGUUCAGUGCCCCACAACCUCCUUCAAAUGCGUUGAAUGCUGUUGUUCCCCCUCGAGGGAAGAAGAGAGAACGUGACGAAUCUAUGCCCGCACCUGCUAAUGGCAACGGGGUAGCUCAAGUCAAUUUCAACGGCAAUUCUGCCAACAUCGGGGCAACACCAAAUACCAUUCCCAAGGCGAUCAUCGGAGCACGAGCUGGGAACAAUGGCGUGAGACCUCGACCAAUCCCUCCUCCGAUGAAGAAACAAAGAAUCGACUCGCAUGGGGUUGGGCGCAGUACUGCACCUGUACAACAGCAUACGCCUGUCUAGAACAUUUCAACGCCAUCAUCCCAUAAACGACUAACGGACCCAGGUCCUGCACAGGUCCCACGAAUAAAGCAAUUCCCAAGCACGAUGUUGGGAAGUUGUUUCGGUCGUUUUACGCAUAUAUAGUAAUAUACUGCAACGAUUUAGUUGUGACUGCGCCGUCCAUGACCCAAGACGUUUGCAGUUCGUACAAGCAUGGAGACCAGAAGUCUGUAUCCUUGUUAAAUAUGGUCCUUUGAUUGUGUCGCGAAUGCACACACCGUGGCUGUGUACGCGACGCGUACUUCGAAGUUUGGAUAUUCUUCUAGAUUCAAGCUCACCUUCAUGGCUCUCCUCGUGCUCAUAAAUUCCAUACGUUACUGCCUGAUGUAUCUCCCCAUACUUCAUUUAUAUCCGUAAUCGCUCCUGUAUCACAUACUUACCGCAUGAUUAUGUAUGUGGUUUGCCUUGGAAGUCAGAGAAAAAAACUG